GUUGCUGGCAGUGUCGGCCGGCCAAUCACCAUUGAUGAUAAUAUAAACAAUUCAUCGUACAGCGAAGAGAGCGAGUUCCAUUGAAAUGUAGUCUAUAUGAUCAAAUCAAGAGGAGCCAUCCCAAGAUAAAACUUGAAACUUUCCACUUCUGUGUUUUUUUUUUCUUCCUUAACAAAACCGGAAACAGAGGAUCUGUCUAACUCUAAGCACAUGCUGCCCUUUCAUGGUCAUCCAUUGUAUAUAGUCGACGACGACCAAUCUUGGUUAUGCUAUAUGUGCUCAUCAGACGAAAAGCGUGGGAUGGUCUAUAUUUGCAUGGAGUGCGAACUCGUGACGCACAAGGAAUGCGUCGAGCCUUUCCUCAACAACCCGUUCCAGUGCAAUCACUUUCUCAAGUUCUUCACAGGUUCACCAUUUAAAUCCGAGAAUCCGCAUUGUCAUUUUUGUCGUAAGAAUCUUUCUUCUUUGUACGCUCGUUGCACGAUAUGCAACACGAGCAUGGAUCUAGACUGUUUGAAAAAUCCACCACCGCUCACUGUUUAUCAACCGAAGCACCACAAGCAUAGUCUGACCCUAUUGUCGAGACUGGUCAUCUUUACUUGUAACGCUUGUGGUCUGGAAGGCGACCGUAAUCCUUAUGUGUGUCUUGAAUGCAACCAGAUGCUACACAGAGAUUGCGUUGAUCUACCGAGAGUCAUUAACAUCAACCGUCAUGAUCAUCGCAUCUCUCAUACUUUUCAUCUUGGUCAAGGAGAAGGAGAUUGGGAGUGUGGUGUUUGUAGGAAAAUGAUUGACUGGGUCUACGGAGCUUUCAAAUGCUCUCGUUGUCCUAGCUAUGCAGUUCAUUCGAAAUGUGCAACGAGAAGUGAAGUGUGGGACGGGAUAGAGCUCGAAGAUGUUCCCGACGAAGAAGAAGAAAUCGAAGAACCAUACAAGGUAGUUAAUGAACAAGAUAUCAUUCAUUUUAGUCACGAGAAUCAUAUUCUACGUUUGGAUGAGAACUGUGUCACGGAUAUGCGCUGCGACGGGUGCGUUCUACCCUUCAAUGGAGAUGCAUGCUACAGAUGUGUGGAAUGUGAUUUCAUCCUACACAAAGCGUGUGCUAGUCUUCCUCGGAAGAAACGACAUUUGUUGCACAACCAUAAGCUUACGCUGCUGGUUGACGAGGUUGCUUUUCAGUGUAGAGCUUGCAAAACCAAUUCGAACGGUUUCAGGUAUAAGUGCGAAGAGGGCUGCAAAGAUAAGUUCGUGUUCGAUGUUCGGUGUAGCUCCGUAUCAGAGCCGUUUCACCAUGAUCUGCAUCCGCAUCCCUUGUACUGGACCUUGGAAGGUUCCAAAGAAUGUCACGCCUGUGACAGGGAAACAAAUAAUCCUCUGAGUUGUACGUUUUGUGAUGAUUACGCUUUAUGCAUGAGGUGCACUACUUUACCAAGAAAGGUGAAACACAGGUGUGAUGAUCAUCUUUUGUCGCUGAGCCAAGGUGCCGGAAACGCGAGCGGUGACUUGUGGUGUGAUGUUUGCGAGUGCAAGGUGUUUGCGAGUGAGUGUUACUAUACUUGUGAUGAGUGUGGAGUGAGUCUCGAUAUUGAUUGUGUACUUGGAGACUUUUAUUAUCUCAAGAUAGGACACUUAAUCGCUGAUCGUGAAGUACUUGCCAACAAUGGUGCUACUCGACCUUUAUGCAGCAGUUGUCAAGUUCGAUGCAAGUUCCCAUUCCUCGUGAAGGAUACUACACAAGAAACUGUUCGAUACUUUUGCAAGAUAGACUGUUUACAUUACCAAUAAUUUAAUCAUUCUCAAUCUUUCAUUACUAUAUUCCAAGAUUACUCUCAAAUUCAAUAUAUGUUUGCCUAAACGUUGAAAAGAAAGAAAUUCUCAGAAACUUUUUAUUGCCAAUUCAAACAAAGUUUUC